UUGUGUUUCAGGAUAUGUGAAGAAAGACAUUCACUAUAACAUGUUUUUAAGAGUGAAGACUAGAAAAAUCUAAGCAUCCAGCAAUAAGGAAAUGUACAAAUAAAAUGUUGCGGGGUCAGUCCGAGCCUCCGGCACCGGCCGCGCAGCUGGAGGUGGCGCAGCUGAAGCCCUACCAUGGCUGCAAUCCGAAAGAAGCUGGUAAUCGUUGGGGAUGGUGCCUGCCUCCUCAUCAUCUUUAGCAAGGAUCAGUUUCUAGAAGUCUACGUGCCUACUGUCUUUGAGAACUAUAUUGCGGACGUUGAAGUGGACUGCAAACAGGUGGAGCUGGCUCUGUGGGAUACAGCAGGACAGGAUGACUAUGAUCGACAGCGGCCUCUCUCCUACCCCGACACUGAUGUCAUCCUCAUGUGCUUCUCCAUCAACAGCCCCGACAGCCUGGAAAACAUUCCUGAGAAGUGGACGCCAGAGGUGAAGCACUUCUGCCCCAACGUGCCCAUCAUCCUAGUGGGGAAUAAGAAGGACUUGAAGCAAGAUGAGCACACCAGGAGAGAGCUGGCCAAGAUGAAGCAGGAGCCUGUUCGGUCUGAGGAAGGCCGAGUCACGGCGAACCGGAUCAGUGCCUUUGGCUACCUUGAGUGCUCAGCCAAGACCAAGGAGGGAGUGCGGGAGGUGUUUGAGAUGGCCACUCGGGCUGGCCUCCAGGUCCGCAAGAAGAAGCGCCAGAGGGGCUGUCCCAUUCUCUGAGAUCCCCAAGGCCUCUUCUACAUGCCCCCUCCCUCCACAGGGGUACAGAAAUUAUCACCCUACAACCCCAGCCUCCUGAAGGCUCCGUGCUGACGGCUCCCUUCUCAGUUCCCUCCUGCCCAGGACUGCAUUGAAGUUUCCCAGCCCCAAGGUGGUGGCGCGAGCCCUCCCUCCCAAUGCUCUGGGAGCCGGGCGUUGCCCUUCCUCAGGGUCCCUGGGGCGCGUGCCCCCUUUAAUCUUCCCCAAAGGAUGGUCACAUACCAGCACUUUAUACACUUCUGGCUCACAGCAAAGUGUCUGCGGUAGGGGACCCAAGAGUCCCAGGCCCCUGGAGUUGUUCUCGGUUAAGGGCCUCAUCUCUGCAUUUGGUCAAGGGGGCAUGAAUAAAGGCCACAGGAUC